AUGAAUAAAAUAUUAAUAGUAAUAAUUAUUUUUGCAUUGAUAUUAAUAUUCCCUCAGUAUAUUUUGGGUGCCUCAAACAAGACCCAUUGUGAAUAUGUAUUAUGCGUACCUGAAGGAAACAAAUGUAAUCCUCACUCACUUGGAUCCGAGUGUGAAUAUGGAACCUAUUGCUUAAUUGGAAAGAACAAAAGUCCAGUCUGUACCAAAUACGCAGAUGUUGGCGAAACUUGCUCAAGUUCACAUCUUUGUUGGCCAGAUUUAAGAUGUGAAUCUAAAGGACAUAGACCAGUGAGUAUUUGUCAAAAUUUAGGAUAUUUGGCAGCUGGCGAAGAAUGUCGACAAUCAAGUGAGUGUGCAACCAAUAAUCUCAUUUGUAAAAAAGGAAUAUGUCAUCUAAGAUCGAGUACUUGCAGUUCUCCAGAGGAAUGUGACCACGACCAUUUCUGUCAAGCUGGAAAGUGUAUGAAACGAGUUGGAGAAGGAAAGAUUUGUCGCGCUAGACAAGAAUGUAAAGUUGGCUUCUUGUGUUCUGGUGGGGUCUGUAUGAAACCAUUCCAAUUGGAAGAAGGUGCUGCCUGUCAUUACCAUUUCGAUUACAAUAGCGGUGGAGUACCUCUGAUCGACUGUAAUAUUGGUAAGGGUCUCUACUGCGACUUUGAAGACAACAAAGAUAUUGGAAAGUGUACGAAAUUCCAAGAGACCGACGGACCUUGUGAUAAUCACAACGCCAAGUGUCAAUGGAUGGAGCAAUCUGCCAGAACAGAAUCAACUUUGGAUUGA